CCCGGCUGCGCGCCCAAUCGGGGUGACGCUUUCGUCUAGCCGGGGACUCGUGGGGUAACUAGCACUACGGAACUAGCACCAUGGCGUCGGGCUGCAAGAUUGGCCCGUCCAUCCUUAACAGCGACCUGGCCAAUUUAGGGGCUGAGUGCCUCCGGAUGCUAGACUCUGGGGCAGAUUAUCUGCACCUGGAUGCACCCUGCUCUGCAGUGAGGCAUUUUGUUCCCAACAUCACCUUUGGUCACCCUGUGGUAGAAAGCCUCCGAAAGCAGCUAGGCCAGGACCCUUUCUUUGACAUGCACAUGAUGGUGUCCAAGCCAGAACAGUGGGUAAAGCCAAUGGCUGUAGCAGGAGCCAAUCAAUACACCUUUCAUCUAGAGGCCACUGAGAACCCAGGGGCUUUGAUUAAAGACAUCCGGGAAAAUGGGAUGAAGGUUGGCCUUGCCAUCAAACCAGGAACUACAGUUGAGUAUUUGGCACCAUGGGCUAAUCAAAUAGAUAUGGCCUUGGUUAUGACAGUGGAACCUGGGUUUGGAGGGCAGAAAUUCAUGGAAGAUAUGAUGCCAAAGGUUCAUUGGUUGAGGACCCAGUUCCCAUCUUUGGAUAUAGAGGUCGAUGGUGGAGUAGGUCCUGACACUGUCCAUAAAUGUGCAGAGGCAGGAGCUAACAUGAUUGUGUCUGGCAGUGCCAUUAUGAGGAGUGAAGACCCCAGAUCUGUGAUCAACUUACUAAGAAAUGUUUGCUCAGAAGCUGCUCAAAAACGGUCUCUUGAUCGAUGAAAUCAUAAGGAAUCCAGAGUUUGUGUUCAUGAAACCUUCUUUUUACUGGAAAACAGGAAUAUUGACUACCAAAUCAUACAAGGUUGAGGCAGUGCUGCUUUUCUGAGCAAUUAUUCAUUCCAGUGAUUAAAAUCUAUUGUGCAGAAUGUUCUAAGAGGUUAGAAAUUGAUGUAUACAACAUUCUUUAGUGAUCCAAUUUAAAGGUUAGUGUGGUUAAAAAACUGUUUCUAAUAGAAUUGAUUUUUAUAAAGAGUGAAAAUAUGGGUUGUCUUAAGGUUACAAAAAAGAAAUGUAUCAUAACGCCUAAGGUGGAUAGACAUUAGCUACUAUGAAAAAUUUUUUUCCAUAUUUUUAAAAAUAACAUUCUAUUGUUUCCCAGCUGUUUUCCAAAAGCAAAGGAAGCCCUUACAUUUUUCCUUUGUUUUUCCUGUUUCACGUCAUUUGUGAUUUGUUUAUAUGAUUGAUAAUAUGAGUAGUGUGGAGCUAAAAAAUACAAGCUUAGGCAGGAUGGCAUACUGUGGUCUUGGAUCUGAACAUUUAUUUUUCACUUAUCACCUUAGAUUUCAUUAAUCAAAAACUGUAAAGGCAAUGUCUUAAUGAAACCCAGGGGUUCUAAAGUGCAAGCAUAGAUUUUUAUUGAGAUGUUUUCUUUGUGAUUCUUUCCUAAUCCUGGUUUUCUUAACCUCAUUCAGCAUUCAUAAGGACAUUAAAUAAUGCUUUUGUAUUAGCUCUCCAUAGAUAAAAAGUAAAGCUUUGGGUAUUCAUUGAGUUGAAUUCUGACUCUGCCAUUCUAGCUGUUUGAUCUCAGCAAAUCACCCAACCUUUUCACACUUCUGAUUUCAUUUGUAUGUUGACUAUAAUAACCACCAAGCAGAGUUGAGUUGAAGAUUAAAAGAGAUAAUUGUUGAUAUAUAGAAAGCUUCUAGUACUAUUUUCAGAAUUUAGAGGAUGCUCAGCACAAAAUAGUAGAUAGCAAUGUAAGUUUAUGGGAACAUGGUUAUAAAGUAACUUUUGUAUAAUCUUAUUAAACCUAUGAAUUACUCCUACAAAUGGCAGGACAGGUAUUUUGUUCUGUUUAAAAAAUGAAAUUAAAGCUCUGUGAUAGGCUAGUAUCAUGGAAAGAUCCAGUAUGACGUUGUAUUUCUGAUCUGUUCAAUCCCCCUGCCACACCCUGCCCCAAGAACCUUUGGGAAAUAGAUUAGGUAAAAGAAGCUUCUUUUUCUUAAUUGUCUCAUUUCCAGUCAGUCUUUACUGUAUUAGUUCAGAUGACUGAUAAUAAUGUGGGUUUAUAGAUCUUUACCCCAGGGAUAUAUAUUUUAUUCUAAGAAAGACCAAGUAGGCCAAGAGAUGAUGUGGUAGUGUUAAUCCAUAAACUCGGUAUUUAUAACUGUUCCCAGUUAUACAGAGAUUAGUAGGUAUCAGCUACUUUAUUCUUCUAAAUAUUCUCAGUGUAAUAAUUAUGGCACAAAAUAAUAGGAUCAGUAUCAUAAAAUUUCUUGAUGCUGCUGGGAGUUCUGAGAAAUGAGUUUCAAAAAAUAAGAAUAUUGAUAAUCUAUCCAUGUAAUAGAACUUACUUAGGCUUUUUUCCUAUACAAGGUAAAAGUUGUACUUUGCCUUAGGAGAAGUUUGUGCCAUAAAUAGGUAGUAUUUAAUCAAAUCAUACAACGCAAGGCAUAUAGAAAUAACUUUAAUUAAAAAACUUACAUAGAAGAUUAUAAUAUCAGACAAGACAAAGAUUUGAAUUUUUUUUGCCAGGACAACUUGUAUGUCAGGCUUUUUUUUUUUUCUCUUUAAGAAUAAAUACAGUGAAACUACAAGAAGUUUUGUCAGUAUUGAAUUUGAAUUUUAUCCCCUUUUAUAGGGACCAGUAUAAUUUCCAUUCCUAAACAAAAACUUUGUGUCAAAUUUCAUAGUCUAGGCCAAAUAGUCAGGAUUUCAGUUAGAUGAGUGUUAUAACUUGAAUAACCAUUUUACAUGACCAAGUGACUCAUACAAAUUGUCCUCAUAUUUCACAUAGGAAAAAAUAUAGUAGAAUAGCCUCAAAAUGUGCAAUCUCAGUAUCAAAUAUUGAAGUAUUGGCGUCUGAGAAGUUCUAAUUCGAAAUCUAGGAUGCAAGUCAGAAUAGACAUUUGACUAGGCUAUGACAAAGAAGGAUCAAAUUAGUUAGAAAUAUAACAGUAUUUCUAGACUAGAAUUAAACCAUUGUUUAAAUUUUAUAAUGAAGGAUUUUCCUGUUUAUUGCACAUUUUAAGUUGGUGUUUUCAAAGAUGUAUAAUUUUAAAGUGCACCCAUAUAUAACUAAUUUGCUUGUCUCAAUUCUGUUAGGAGUAACAGAAAGUAGCCUGCUGUCAGUCCAACAGAUAUCAUUGAUUUUAAAUAAAUUGAGUAUUUUAUUAUCUGGGAUAAGAAUUUCCAUAAAUAACUUCUUUUUGUUAAACAUGUUAAAAAACAAAAAUAACUCCCUCUCCAUAGCCAAGACUUUAAAAAAAAAAAUUUUUUUUUUUUAAAUCAGAGGAAACACGUGCUUUAUAUUUAUUGCAGCUUACAUUUCAUAGGGCAAGUUGGUACAUGCAGUUUAAAGUGGAGUGGGUCACUGCCAGUGUAAUUUGAAAACCCCGCGCGUGCGCGCACAUUCUAUAUGUAUAUUUGUAUAUUAAUAUAUUUUGAGGCAAUUUUAGUGAAUUACCAUGUGAAUAGGAAAGAAAAUAGCUCUCAUUUAAUGUAAGGGUGAGUGUGUAUGUUUGUGAUGUUAAAAAUUAGCCAAUAAUGUCAUUUGACAUCAAAUUGCAGCAGUUAAUAUCUUGGUGCUUGUAAUUUAUAUGAUAAACACAGAUGCCUAGCAUUUGUCUAUAGGUGAAAAGCUAGCUACUUCUGUGGUUCAAGAAGGUAAAGAAACAAUCUUGCCUGUUCCCCAUAAACAGCAUGAAAGGUAAAUACAUGCAGUACAUUCUGUUAUUCUGGAAGUAUGACCAGAGGUGGAUGGGAGAUCCAGAACAGGGCUAUUUUUUUUCCCCUCCUGACUUCCCUUCAGUUACAUCAUUUUCUUCACCUGUUGCCUGUCACCUAUUUUUUUUAACAUUAGUAAUUCCUAGACCAAAGGCUUUAUACUCUUCUGUUCCACCUAGCUGUUUUUUGGGGUGGCCAUUCUCUGGUGCGCUGGUACAGACGACUUCAGCAUGGAAAGCUGUGCUUGACACCUCAGUCUGAUUGUUUUUAUCCUCGUGGCAUAAUAAAGCUGCUGUAUCUUCAUCCUUCAGUGGAAAAGACCGUCGUUCCCACCACAAAGACUAAAAGGGAAAACAUUUUCAGUUAAGUUUCAAAUAAUUUGUUUAAGUUCAUGUGUCAAGUAACAUGUAAAUGUCAAAUAUAUACUAACUUAUUCUUUUAGCAAAUGUGCAAAUUUCGACCUAAAUAUCUCUCAAAGUGGAAUGUACUGAAAAUGUAAUGACUUUGGGGCAUUGUUUCACUUUGCUUCUGUCGUCAAGAGGAAAUGGCUGUCACAGGGGACUGGUCUUCAUUUUCAGCCUAAAGAGGAUUUUAGGAAAACCCCUUUCAAAGUGCUUUUAAGUUUAAUUUAUUUCUCCAAUAUCUUCAUUUCCAUCCCACUGUUAUUAAGAUACCUACUGACUUUUUUUCCCCUGAGUUAUAUAGUCUCCACUCUCCAUUCUAGAUAUGGUUCUUCCUUUUCAACACCUAUUUAUUUAUGAAGAAAGUGCACAAAUGGAUGCAGUGUUAGAAAGCACUCCCCUUAAGGUAGGAACUGGAUCUAUGGGGAGACAAGUAAAAACUGUAAGAGGAGGAAGAGAAAUAGCAGUUAACAUUUACUAUGGCAGGUGCUAUUCUCCAUUAGUCAUAUUUAUUUUGUAAUGAAAACAUCUGCAUUACCUAACAAGUAGGUAGGUGGAAGUUGCUAAUGACAGAAGAGAAAAAAAAGGGAUUAUAGUUAGUGGUGGACUACAGUGUUGCAAUACAGAUCUGAUUCUUAUUAUUCUAGAAUGAACUAUGCUGAAUUCAAUAUGUAGUGAUGAAACAAUUUACAAUAAGCAAUUUCUACAUACACAAAAGUUAAGAGGCAAUUAAAGUCAUACUUACUGUGAUUUCUUGAUUUUCAUUUAAGGGUGAGCCAUGUGCAUAGAGAUCAUGGUGCUCUGAAGGAAGAUCAGGAGGACUUUCAGCAGCACAUUGCUGACUGCUACUGAAGUCAUUAGGGCAUUCUUUCAAAAGAAAGUCCUGUCCUUCAACAUUUUUACUGUAAGCCCUAGCAAGAGAAUAUUAAUUUCUUGAGAUCUUAACAUUUUAUGAGCCAAAGGUAUCACUAAGUUAAACACAGUAUCUUUGCUUUACAUAGUGCCACCCAAAAGAUUUUAAAAAUUCAUCUGUUACCUUUCUGGUGCUAUUAUUUUCCUAUUUAAAACGCUUAAAUAUUUAGUCAAAUCAUAUUUACAUAUUUAUUAAAUAUUUAGCCAACUUAUAAUAACAGGUUUUAUUACUUGGUUUUCUUUCUUUUUUUUUUUUUUUUUUCCGAAAGACAAGAAACAGCAAUUGCUUGAUCCUUAUAGUCUUUGAGUUCUCAGGGUAUUCUAUGAUUAUUAUAAUGUCAUCCAUGAAAUGUCUCAGUUCAUCUUUCCCUCUGUAUUUCUGGAAAGUUAUACCUUUGGAAUGUGAGAAAGGAUGAGAAUUCCAUAAUGUCAUCUAUAUUAGGAGAACUCUGAACACGGAUUUAUAGCAAGCCUGGAUAUCUUGAGAAAGGGAGAAGACUUCAUCAGAAAGAUCUUCUAUCUGGAAUUAGCAAAAAAAGAUUUUGCUUUUAUGGGAAACUUUCUGAACAGGUUUCAAAUGGUUCAUCUAGAGAACAGUAGCAAGCAGACUCUAAAAUGCAGUUUGUGUCAGUCAAGAGAACGUUAGGAGAUUAGCUUCGAAUUCCUAAAAGGUGGGGGUCCAAAACUUUUAUCUUUUUACUCUUGGUUCACAUUUGAAGAUUUAUUGAGAUUGCAAAUAGGUGUGCUUUCCAUUAGCCACAGCUUGCAUGAAAUAAUCUUAAGAGUUUUAUUCAUUCAGUUGGAUUUAUAUUGAUUGUUCUUUAUGGAGCACACAUUAUUCUAAGGAAAUGUCAAUGUCAAAGAAAAGUAAAACUGUAAGUCAGAAUUAUUGCCUUAUCUAGGAAUCUAACCUGGACAAUUUGGUUAUAUUUAGGAAUUUAGGUUUGACAAGGAUCAUUCUGAAAUAGAAUGCAUUACAAGAGGGAAGGUCAUUAAAGGUAAGUUGUAGGGUAGCUGAAAAACAUGACAGGGCAUAGAAAUACCAUUAUUUCAUAGAAAUCAAUUAUCUGCUAUAAAAUACCGCUUUUAAAGACCAUCACGUUGAUAUUAGUUUGGUUAUAUAUUAUUUUUCCCUAUACUUGUCCUAGUGUAAUUUUACCCAUAAAGAUCUAUAAACCCUUACCUAUAAUUCCAUAAUCCAAAAAUCUGAAAAACAGAUUUUUCAUAUAAUCCAGUCUGAUCUGAAAUGGUAUCAGGCGAUUUUUAGUGUUUAUCCCAUUUGAUUACAGAACUACGAAUACUUGAUUAAUGUUAUAAGAACUGUUUAGGCUAGGUAUUACAAGAUACAUGUACCAUAAUAAAUUCCAAAGUUUUCCAAAUUCAAAAGCAAAUUGGUUCGGGCUGGGGUUGUAGCUCAGUGGUUGAACAUUUGCCUCGCAUGUAUGAGGCACUGGGUUGGAUCCUUAGUACCACAUACAAAAUAAAUAAAUAAAAGAUUUUUUUUUUUAAAGUAAAUUGGUUCUAAUAUAUUGAAAAUGGAAUUGUAGGAGUGAAUAUUGACACUGUCUUUUUAUUAAAAAAAAGAAGAUUAAUGUUGAGGAAUAUGUCUAUAUCAAUGUCAACUCAUAAAUAGCAUGUUUUACUUUUCCUCUGUUUCUUUAAACAUUAUUAUCUUUUUGAAGUCAAAUUUGCACAGAAAUAUUUUUCUAUAGAAUUAAUAACCUUUUUGAAAAACUUGGUAAGUGAAAAAAAAGUCAGAUGUUCAAGGGUUUAUGUUUUCCUUUAUUUCCUUAAAUGUUAAACAGGCUUCAUAAUAUAAAAGGUGUAAUUAUCUCAUUAAAUGAAAGGUAGCUUACCUCUUCUUCACCUAAGUUAUAUUCAUCCAAAGGCUGAAGAACAACCAUCCUCCAGCUGUUGAAGAUAUAAACCAGUUUCAAAUAGCUUUUAUCAAUUUUUCUAUGUAGCUAUUUAUUCUUUUAAGCACAUUGUGAUUUCUUUCCUUGGGAUUUCCAUAAUUCAUGUGGUUCUAUCUUAAUACUUUGUUGUUUUUUUAAGAGAAUAUUUGUAUUAUGAGAAAAAACAACAGGGAAGAUGAGUCUUUACUUUUGCCUUUACAGUGAGUGAAACCUCUUCUGUAUAGUUGGAUGUUACAUACGUGUACUGAUUUUAAAAUAAGUCAGUGGUAUGCUGAUAAACAACUUGACCAAAGAGAAGAAGGGAAAAAAGACUGAUUUGUCGUUUCUGCCAAUUUCUUUGAUGAGAAAAAUGCCUAGGGCCCCUUUUCAGCUACUAAUAGUAUAACCGACUUACAGAAUUCUGUAUUUAAUAGCCAGGUCCACCAGCUAGUUCCAGCCCACUACUGCAAAUGAAAAAACAUUGUUGCCACAGAACAAAUGAUAUUUCUAAUUUUUGUAGGAAAUUUCAACAGGCUUUUAAAAUAUGAAUUCUCAUAAUACCUCUUAGAAUACUAGACUUGCCUUAAUACCUCAAAGUAAUUAAGAUAAACUGAAAUUAAACUACAGAUGGGUAGGCCUUAAUUGGUUA